UUUCAUUGGCCCAAGGGCGGCCCUUCGCGAGGCGGAAGUCGUACGGGUGCUGAAACGCGUUCUUAGCCUUGGGUCUAGCGGCUCACGCGGUAACCAUCAUGGUGCGGAAGCUUAAGUUCCACGAGCAGAAGCUGCUGAAGCAGGUGGACUUCCUGAACUGGGAGGUCACCGACCACAACCUGCACGAACUGCGUGUGUUGCGGCGUUAUCGGUUGCAGCGACGCGAGGACUACACGCGCUACAACCAGCUGAGCCGUUCUGUGCGCGAGCUGGCGCGGCGCCUGCGCGACCUGCCGGAGCGUGACCCGUUUCGAGUGCGCGCCUCGGCUGCGCUGCUGGACAAGCUAUAUGCUCUCGGCCUGGUGCCCACGCGCAGCUCGCUCGAGCUUUGCGACUUCGUCACGGCCUCGUCCUUCUGCCGCCGCCGCCUGCCCACCGUGCUUCUUAAGCUGCGCAUGGCGCAGCACCUCCAAGCUGCAGUGGUCUUCGUGGAGCAGGGUCACGUGCGCGUGGGCCCCGACGUGGUCACCGACCCCGCCUUCCUUGUCACGCGCAACAUGGAGGAUUUCGUCACCUGGGUUGAUUCGUCCAAGAUCAAGCGGCAUGUUCUGGAGUACAAUGAGGAGCGCGAUGACUUCGAUCUGGAAACCUAAUGGAUCUUCCCUCCCUCCCUCCGCCACGGCUGCAUUUUAUAGCUGGGGAAGCUGAAACCUGAUGCUGGAGAGUCUGUGGAGGCGCUCUCCCCGAGUGUGUCAGCCAGUCGUCGGUUCAUAAGAACUUAGUUCCUCAGCUGCAUGGCACGCACGGAGCCAAAGGGUAUGCUCCUGUUUUCCACGAAAUUUUCUUAGCCCUUGGACUAUUGAUAAUUAAAUAACUGUUUUGAGACAGUGGGAAGCGGUUUUGUGCUGCGGUGGGGAAUCAUUAGAUUAUUGUGCCUGAAACAUUGUAAGGUGAAAGCAAGAACUUUGCGGGAAACUCCCCCUCCCGCCGACCCCCCCCCCCCGUCUGGCUUACGUUAUUAUCUCGUAGCAGGACAGUUUGGUUCAAUUUCUUUAAACUCGAAUUCUUGCUCCUUUUCACGAUUAAGGUGUAUGUGUAUAGACGAUGGAGAACUUGGUCUCAAGUUUUCAUAAAAUGGGUGAGACUUUAGUGUUCAGCAUCCUGUCAUUUGUUUAAAGGAAUGCUUUCCUAAUGCCAAUAAAUGUCCCAACUGCUUUGUAAAUACAAA